UUCUGCAUGAUUUAUCUAGAAAAAUACCGAUAACAAUGACAACAUCCACACUAGCUAUUUCGACGCAACUGCGGUUCUAACGCGGAUAUCUUUUCAAAGGUGAACGGGCUGAUUAUUUAUUGGACCACAGGUUUCUUGCUUGUGCUUGGGGAUAAUGUCACCUUCAAAUAUCUUUGUCUGUGUAGUGAAUCACUUCAUUAGAAAUUCACGACAGCCCAGUUGAAUUUGCAAAUUUAAGCAAUCACCUUCGUCUCGGCAAGUUUGAACUGUCUUAUGAUGGACGGAAAGGAAUGUCAGUGUCCCAUGCCAACCUGUCACGUCACCUAUCCAGGAAAAUAUAAAACCAAAGUCGCGUUCUCCGCCAUGUGUACUACUAAUCUGAUAAACGACAACGCCGCUGCUGAUCUUACAUUUCAAAAGACCCUGACAAAUCUUGGACGAGGCUUCGAUGACGUCUCCUCAUUCCAUGCACCGGUCGACGGAACCUACUUCUUCACUUUCGCUAUUCACACCGGUGUCAGGACUGCAAGAGUGUACCUGCGCACCAAUGCCGGCUACGUGAAUGGAGCUUAUGGGACCCCGGUCGGUCAGACCUCGACCAACCAGGCCAUACUUCGUCUACAGAAGGGAGACAGGGUGUGGCUGCAACAGCAACCAAAUGGAUAUACAAUCAGCCUUGCAGAGAACAUUCAUGUCUCGUUUAAGGAUUCCUUUUGUAUGAAGAUUAACAGGCACGUAAACAGGCAGAAGAUGGCGUGCUCAAUUGCCAGUUCACACAUGCACGCACACGCGCGCGCACACACAUAAACACACACAAACACAUGCAAACACACGCACAAUCACAUGAACUGUAUUUUGCAAAUAGGAACGAUAAAAAGAACUUCUAAAUAUACUCACUAAUGAUUAAAAUGUUUCCGUCUACCAAAUAACUAUUUCAUAAAACUGGAAUAUAUUAUUCUACUUCCUAAAGCCUUUUUAGAAUGCAUUGCCAUCAAUAUAAUGGUUAUCAUGUACUCUUUUCACGUUAACGUCUUCUAGGACUACUUGUUGAACAAUAUUUUAAUCCGCAAUAAAAUGAUGCAUAAAACUGUAUUUCGACUGCCUUUGUUCCGAAGGCUUUUCAAUAAAUUGUUGAUUUAUGAAAUACAAUCUUCUACCAAGUCCAAUAUAACAAAUAAGAAGUGAUUUAAGGCAACCGAGCUACAUGCUGCAA